AUGGCGGCUAUGCUGCGGGAGGGCUGUUCCCAGUGUUGCCCGUGCGGUGUGCCUAUGUGCUGGGCCACUGCGCCUGUUCAGAGUCGUGGUUCACUUGCACAGAAUCAAUGCCGACAUCAUCCUGCUCCAUUCGACAUACGUGGGCAAGCUGAGUUGCAGUACCACUGUAUACCUAGUACGCUUCUCAAACCCAGGGUAUUGAAGCACUCAUUGUUCGAGACGGUGGUCCACCAAAGCCAGCCCUUUCUGCCAUCGGACAUGGAGCAUUCGGCACAACCACAAACAUUGAAACGAUCGAACGCUAUCAACGGGAAGUUGCACAAAGAGAAAGUCAACUCUGUCGCCAGCGGCGAGUGGGCUGCUGGCAACAUCAAGUUGUCAAAAGCUCUAACGCUUGCUCGCAAGCAAGACGAGAAGGAAGAGAAGAGACAAGAGAAGAUGCUGGGGAACAUGUCCCGCCAGAACUCUUUCGAGCCAAGCAUUUCCGACAAUGCAUCUGCAGAUAUGAUCUUUCAGGCUCUACCCAUGAGCUCAUACGCCACCACCCUGUCGAAGAAGACUAAUUCGGUAGGCUGGUCACGAACGGGUGCGUCGGGAUCAGCGGUGGCCAAGGCUCACGUAGGGACGAAGACCAAGCGCUGGGGCAUUUUUGGACGCAAGAAGGAAGACAGCCACCGGCCGGUCGACAACUUCACCAAGCGGGAUGGAAGCGAUAGGGAACGACGAACGUAUGCAAUCACUCGAUCGGCCGGAUUGAUGGCCGGUGCGCUCCUCGACAUGGCCGAGUCUGAAGAUGAGUCAGUAAAGAGGACCCAUAAAGUCGGAUGUGGGUGGGAUGUUCAAGCACAGCCGACUUGUACAGCACGACACUCAGCUGUUGAAGACAGUGUUGAGGAGAGCCUUGCCGAAGUAGCAGACGAAAAUGCAAGACUGUUGGACCAGCUGUCGCAAGCGGUAGAGCCCGAGCAUUCGCAGAUGCAAUCGGGAUGCCGUGACUACACCCAACCCAGAAGAGACGGGCGUCACUUCAGGCGUGACCCCAAGCCGGCAUGGCCAGAUUCAUCAAAGGCAGAGAACGGGCGGAGAUUCCAUUCCCUAUCGAUCGGCGACGUCGACUGGAGUAAACUCGAUACCGACCGUCAACUACGAGAGCUGCUACAGCAGUUAGAUGAAGAUCGACAGAGCGAUGCAAGUCCGGCAGAUAGCGGCAUAGACAUGGACAACGACGACCGGCCGUUUGACAAGGGCAAAGCUCGUGCCGUAUCAGUCUGUUCCAGUGACACGUACCACUCAUUCAUUAGCUAUGACGAAGCCAGCACUGCGGACCAGGAAGCGAUCCGCUACUCAGAAGAUGUAGAGCUUCAUAGAAAAGAUGCACUCGCCGAAGUCCUGGAACUUCACUAUCGGAAAGUUCUCCAGGAGCAUGAAGAUGCAAGACGCGCAAAGCAGCUUCAGGAGGAAGAAAGGAUAGCAAGAGCACUGCAAGAAGAGGAAGCUCGAAUCGCAGCAGAACUCGCCAGCCGCCGAGUAUGCGUCUGUUGCGGUGAUGAAAAGCACGUCCUCGCCUUCCCAGCGAAAGCCCCCACCCCCGACUGCUCACACAUCUCCACCACCUGCAUAGCCUGCAUGCACACUUGGCUCUCCUCCGAACUCUCCUCCAAAGGCUGCGAAAGCCUCAAAUGCCCCGAAUGCCCCUCCAUCCUCGACUACGACGCAAUCCAGCUCCUUUCCUCACCGGCCACCUUCACCAAGUACGAGCAAUUACUCCUCCGCAAUACCCUCUCCUCCCUCCCCGAAUUCGCCUGGUGCCUCUCCCCAACCUGCAAAUCCGGCCAACUCAAUAUCCAAAACGGCAAUUACAUGGAAUGCGACACGCUCCUUGGCGGCUGCGGCUAUCAGCAAUGUCUCCACCACCGCACCCCGUGGCAUACCGGUGAGACCUACACCGCCUACGAUCACCGCGUCAGUGGUGCCAAAGCCCGUGAGGAUGAAGCUGCCACUCAAGCAAUCCUUGACGACAUUAGUAAGAAGUGUCCAGGGAAACGUUGUGGGUGGAGGAUCCAGAAGAGUGAGGGGUGUGAUCAUAUGACGUGUAAGAAGUGCAAGUGGCAGUUUUGUUGGGAGUGUUUGGCGAGUCAUAGGGAGAUGAAGAGGGAGGGGAACACGGCGCAUGAGAGGUGGUGUAAGUUUCAUAGUAAGAAUUUGGGGGUUGGUGGGGCGGUGGUCGUUAGUUGGCCCUUUAAUGCGCAUGCUUGA